AUGGAUGAGAGUCGAGUCGAAGUCAAUCGACCUAAUCUGUCGCAAACUCAGAGAUCAAAUGUUGCGUACAGUCCGAGAGAAGGUAUUCCACCUGCCUCUUCUUCUGCCGAGUCUAAUGAAUCAGUUAAGGUACCGGUUAUAAAUAGAGAUAAGUGUUCCUAUUGUAAACGAUUUGGACAUAAUAAAGACGCUUGUGAGAAGUUGUCAUAUAAAAAUCAGCAAAGUAAAAAGGAGUCGAUACCCCAGUUGACUUGUUUUGGAUGUGGUGCACCGGGAGUGAUUCGGUCGAAUUGCGCCAUAUGUAAAGGGAAUAAACCCGUGGUGUCAACCAGUAGUGACUUUCAUUCGGUUUCAGCAAGUGUAGACUGUAUGGAUUCGCGUUUGCGCCCAGUGAUUAGUAUUGGAAUUUAUGGCGCUAGUGGUAAAGUUUUAGUAGACACUGGUGCAAAACAUUGUGUAGGAAGUGUUAGCCUUAGAUCCCUGUUAAUUAAGAAUAGACAUAAGUUAGAUACUGUUUAUACUGAACUUAAAUAUGCGGAUGGUCGUGCAUGUGCACAAAACGUUGAAGUGGCGCACGUCCGCGUAACCUUGAGAGGGAUAACGUUAGGUGUGGAUUUUAUUAUGCUUCCUAACGCGACGGAAAGUUUAUUAGGUAUGAAUUUUAUACAAGACAUUGGCAUGGUUUUAGAUUUUCAGCGCGGUAUUUGGUUUUUGAGAGGUGAUAAGACGCCCCAACCCAUUGAAUAUGAGUGUAAGUCUUUGCCGCCUAUCAAUUGCUCUUCUGUAGGUCUUCGCGAUGACGAAGGUUCCCACCUUAGCUUAGGGCAACGGCAGCGGCUCUCCGAUCUCCUGAAUGUCCAUGAAGACAUUUUUACUCCAGGGGGAGGACCGACUUCAUUUGCUAUGCACCGUAUAGAUACAGGGGAUGCGGCGCCAGUAACGAGCCCUCCGUACCGUGUUUCACCGUCCAAAAGGGAAAUAAUACGUAAAGAAAUAGAAACCAUGCUUGAAGAUGGCAUUAUCGAAGAUGCGGAGUCCGAGUGGGCAUCGCCCGUGGUGUUAAUACCCAAGAAAAACGGUGAGGUGAGAUUUUGCGUAGAUUACCGUAAAUUAAACAAUGUAACACGUACUGAUAAGUACCCUCUUCCCGUAAUCGACGAAUUAUUGCAGAGUACUAAAGCGGACUGCAUAAUGUCUACUAUAGAUUUGAAGGCAGGGUAUUGGCAGACUAUGGUUGCUCCAGAGGAUCGCCAUAAGACGGCUUUCACAACUCCGUUUGGGACCUUUCAAUUUCGCCGCAUGCCUUUUGGCUUGAAGAAUGCUCCGGCGACGUUCCAACGUCUAAUAGACCGGAUGCGGUCUGGCCUUACUAAUAUCUGUGUAUUGGCCUAUCUGGAUGACAUUUUGGUGAUCUCGCCAAAUUUGGAUCAGCACCUACGUGAUCUUCAACAGGUGUUUGAUCGUCUUCGUCUGUUUAAUCUGAAAGCAAACAGAAGUAAGUGUGUUUUUGCUAGAGACAGGGUUAAUUAUCUGGGGCAUGUUGUUUCUUCACAUGGUAUUGAGCCCGACCCGCAGAAGGUUGAAGCCGUGAACAGCAUGAAGCCUCCAAGUAACGUUAGAGAGUUAAAAACGUUUUUACAAACCUGUUCUUGGUUCCGCAAGUUCAUCCCGCAGUUUUCGGAUGUAGCGCGAUGUCUCACAGAUUUGACAAAGAAGACUAGACGCUGGCAAUGGGGGGAGACCCGGAGUUGGGAAGUUGGCGGUGUUUCACCCUCGUGCCUCGGAGAGCACGUAAAGCCGUCGGUCCUGCACCUUAACUCUCACUGGUCGUGUCGAGUGGUCGUCCCACCAGAGUAUGAGAGUGACAGGAAUAGAAAGUGCACUUGUGUCUUGUCCAAGCAGGCAACUUAUGUCAACAAUCAAACACAGCAA